CUGUACCUCUCCUAACACUUCCCUCAGUCACUACCUCUCCCUGUACCUCUCCUAACACUUCCCUCAGUCACUACCUCUCCCUGUACCUCUCCUAACACUUCCCUCAGUCACUACCUCUCCCUGUACCUCUCCUAACACUUCCCUCAGUCACUACCUCUCCCUGUACCUCUCCUAACGCUUUCCUCACUACUUCUCCCUGAACCUCUCCUCACACUUCCCUCACUACCUCCCCCUGCUUUUCUUCUCACACUGUCUUUCCCUUUUCUGACUCUCUCCCGUAUCUUUUUUUUGCCCUCCCUACGGUCUCAGAGCGGGCCGGUUAGCCGUUCAGGAUUGGCUGUCCCGAGACACGUGUCGGCGCCCCAGCUCUGCUGCAGUUAGAGUACGGAGUCCGCAGGACAGAGUGUGAGCCCCGGGAUAGCGAGGCCACUAAAUAGUGCGGCGUCCCAGACGUGCUAGUCUUGUAACGGGUUUGUCUCCUCUCACCUGGGUAGAAUGUCUGCUAAAGCCACCAUUAGUAAAGAAGUGUUUACCCCGCAGGAUGAGCGGAUGCUUGGGGCUGUCUUAGCAACAGGGGGUCAGGGAGAAUAUCGCACCUACAUCUGCCUAUCAGUUUCAAACAAGAGGCCUUCCCAGGUGUUCAUCACCAAGGUCAAACAAUUUGAGGGCUCUUCCAAUUUUGUAAGGAGGUCUCAAUGGUCUCUCGAGCAGCUGAGACAAGUCAACGGGAUAGAUCCAAAUCAGAUCCUAAAUCAUACAUGUCAGAGGUACCUCCCUGAUGGAAAGCCUGAAUUUGUCAAUUGUCAAUCCCGGCUCUUUUCAGGAAACAGUAUUCUUCAUUCUGCAGCUGACAGUGUGACAAGUGCCGUACAGAAAGCCAGCCAAGCUUUAAAUGAGCGUGGGGAGAGGUUAGGAAGAACUGAGGAAAAAACUGCUGAUAUGAUGAACAGUGCCCAGCAGUUUGCCGAUACUGCGCACAAGCUUGCAAUGAAGCAUAAAUGCUGACCCAAUAAAAUGAAAAGGGAUUACUCCUCCUAUGGACUGUUUACCAAAAACACAGCACAAAGUUAUUACAAAUAUAACUUUUUAUUCUAAAUAAGAUUCUUAAAAAUGCCUCAUGGCUUAGGUGCUGAACCACUCAACAUUUCAAGGGGAGCCAAUUUCCAGUCAAUGUGAAGUUCCCUCUCCUUGGGCUAAAGGAAAUUUCUGGCUGAGAAUGGAUGUAAUUUGCCUUUUGUGGGGAGCAUCACAGAUACUGUAGACACUGUGUGCAAAACUGAAGCCAACAUUGAUUGGACAUUUUUUCUUCAGAUGGAUCUUGGACUAAGAUGUGUUACCCAAACACUAUGUGCUGGCUUAAGAGGGAAACUUACAUUGUCAGUUGAAAGAGCCCUAGAUGAUGAAUGGAAACCUGAUAUUAUAUUAUUAUAGAACUUUAGUGACAAUUUAAUAAUGGGGACUGAGGCACCAGCUGAUGGGAUAGGUUAGGUAUCUGUUGUGCCUGAGCCCUAGCUUAUCUGAUGACAUCAUACUCUUUAUAACUUAUCAUUUCCAGCAUAAUGGUAUAAACAAAGGUGAAUGAAAGCUGGAUCUUUUCUGCAUCAAUCUUUAUUUAUAUACUUUUGACUUCAGCUCUAAUGCUUUAUUGGCUUCCCACUAGAGAGAUUUAUGCUUUUCACUUCUACCACAAAAAAAAACACGCACUUGCUCUCCUGAUCACUCUACCAUACAGAGCUGUUACUUGUGUGCUAAAGCCUUAUUUUAUCAUUGUUUUUUUGUUGUUGUUUUUUUUUUAUUGUCAACUUAAUUAAACCCAAUUCCAUUGUUCAUUUUUAUUUUGUACAUGAUCCGUGUUAACACCACUUGUAAUAAAAGAGUUAAUCUUAAAAAAAAA